AGAGCCGGGGGGGCUGUGUGUUGGCUGCGAUUCCUCCUGCAUUCCCGGCCUCCCCCCUCCAAUCUGCGCGGGUUCUUAGUGGAAGAUCAUAGGAGCGGGCUCACCUGAUGAUGUCGCCGUGGGUGCGUUCGUGUUGCUUAGCACCGUCUGGCUUUGGCGGUUUGGGCUCCAUGGUGGAGACCACUGUCCUGGCCUAAUGCAAGUGCGACGUAUCCCGUAGGUUGACCUGGAUCAAAGAAUUGAAGAAAAAUGUGGUUAUAAAAACCCGGGGGCCCAGUCACGAUGGCCAGGCAGGCUUCUCUUUUUUUUCCAGAACAAUUUGACCAUUGAGCUGGUCCUGUCUCUCCUUUAACCUAUUUAUUUGAACUCAAUCCAUCACAUCAUGUUCGCCUCCACUGCAAUGAACCCCAACAUCCCGGCAUGCCCGCCCCUAGAACAAAGGUCCUAUUCGGCCAGCAGCGAAGAUUCAAUGCAAUCGUCUUUCGGAUAUUUCGAUAAUACCAUGUACACUAUGGCAGCGGGCGACCUGCCCCUCACCCAGCCCUCCUUCGAGCCAUCCUCAUACGAUUCAUCCUCCUUCGCACCAUCCAUCACUUCUUCGCCUUUCAACGCUUACUAUAACUACACCCCUUCUCUCAUGUACUCGCCGGAAGCAUAUGCCUUUCUACCAACCCAAACGACACCCAUCGCAGUACCCAGCGGAGAGUGGGUUGCUCCCCAGUCCACUACACCCGUCAACGAGGUUGUUUAUUCUCCGGAGGAGAUGUGCGACACGCUGGACAACACCAAACCUGUUAAGCCGUUUUCGUGCCGAGACUGCGGCAAGGCCUUCACCCGUCCGGCCGAUUUGAAACGGCAUCACACAAGCGUCCACAACCCCGUGUUUCAGGACUGUCCAGUGCAGGAGUGUCUGCGCAAGGACGGCAAUGGAUUUCCUCGACGCGACCAUCUUAUCGAACAUUUGCGCUCCUUUCACCACUGGGAUGUGCCUAAGCGCCGAACGACCAAGCGGUCGCGGACUGCUUAGUGUCAUGAUGCUUUUACCUUGUCAUUAUACCCUCUUGCGUCAUGAUGCUGUUGAAUAUACCCUUCUGUUUCCUGCCAUGCGAUGACCAUGGUACUUACGUCCGUCUAUGUCUGCUAUGUUUCUCAUGUUCAUGCUCAUGCUCAUGCUAUUUUUAUGUGUCUAUGACCUAAGGACGGCACGGCGUUCAGGGCUCUUUCCUAUUCUACUUUGGCAUAUACCAUUCUAUUUCUUGAUGUCUGAUAUACCA